AAUCCAUAUUUGUUUUUCCCCCAUUCAUUCAGUUGCAGAUUUCUCCCAAGUGCAAGAGUAUUAUUUAUGUUGUAGCAUAUCUCCUUAAAAGCUCACUGAACGGACUGAAUAUGUCAAGCUAAUUGCGACAGCGUGAACUUGUCUUGCACACGAAAGUCAAACAACGCUGCUUGGCGAACCCCACCAUUGCAAUUUUGAUCUUCGGGGGACUUGAACAUGUUGGUGAUCUGCUUAACCUAAUUUAAAGACAUGAGAACAAUUUCCAGUGUGUACCCGGUUUUAAAGUAACGCUUAGCGCAUGCUCAUUAAGGACAGUAGUGCGGAAGUCGGAAAUGUGAAAUAAAUUUUUAAAAUAAGAACGCCAGUAAUUUUCAUUGCAGGUCAUCGACUAGUUCUUUUUCUUUGCCUCACGCAAAUGCCGCCGGAACACCCGGUGUUGAGCGGGCGCCGAGGGUUAGGAUGAGCCCCCGGUGAUUGGCAGCGCUGAGCAGGGUGCUCGCAGGCUCCGAGGGUUGGGAUGAGCCCCCGGUGAUCGGCAGCGCUGAGCGGGGUGUUCAGCGGGUCCCGAGUGCCUGGACUUCGUUCCGGAGGCAGGCGGUUGCCAUGAAGCUGAAGGAGCUGGAAAGUUUGCUGCAGCGGGUCGAGGGUUUUGAUCGGCCUAAGUUACUACUGGAACAAUAUCCAACCAGCCCGCACAUUGCAGCAUGUAUGCUGUAUACGAUACACACAACGUUCGAUGACAUUGAGAAUAAAUUGGUUGCUGAUCUUGGGUGUGGAUGUGGAGUUCUCAGUAUUGGUGCAGCUCUGCUGAAUGCAGGAUUAUGUUUGGGAGUUGAUAUCGAUGAAGAUGCCCUUGAUGUGUUCUACAGAAAUGCAGAAGAAUUUGAAUUGACCAAUGUCAAUAUGAUCCAAUAUGAUGUUUGUUCUAAACUGACAGACAAAUUAUCCAAAAAAUUUGAUACCGUUAUAAUGAAUCCCCCCUUUGGGACAAAGCAUAAUAAAGGUAUGGACAUGAUAUUCCUCAGAUCUGCUUUAGAUAUGGCAAGAACAGCUGUAUAUUCCCUUCACAAAACGGCAACCAGGGAUCAUAUUAAGAAGAAGGCUGAUGAAUGGAAAGUAAAGAUGGAAGUAAUUGCUGAACUUAGGUAUGACUUGCCAGCAUCAUAUAAAUUCCACAAGAGGAAAUCAAUUGACAUUGAAGUGGACUUCAUCCGAUUCUCAGCUAAAUAAAUCCUUGAAGAGAUGCAAUGUGAAGGCUGUCUGAAUUAAACAGUGAAGACUCCUUGGAUGGGACAUGUGCUCUAUCUGUUCUUUUUAUACAACAAA